AUGACGGUCCCGAGCCACGCCGUCGGCGACGUCGACGACGUCGACGAUAGACUCGACGCGCUGCGGAAACGGCUCGCGCGCGGAUCCGACGUCUCUGUAACGGUCGGGACCGCGGGUUUAGAGGGACGGGUCUCGCCCGAGAGAUUGUCGCGGGAGUCGUCGAAGGAGCUCUCCGUCCCGCCCGCCGCGAGCGGCCCGCGCGACGAGCGCCCGCAGAGGCCGAGGCGCGCCGAGCCCGUGGACGUCAUGCCAUCGCCGACCGCGCGGUCGCCUCGCCCUUCAUCGCCGCGCUCGUCGACAACCGCCGCGACGCAUCGGAGGUGGAACGCCCACUACGACGUCAACACCACCCCGGCGUUGACGUCCCCGGGGAGAGGACGCGAGCGCGCGGCCGCGUACGGGUCGCCCGCGAGGUUCGGCAUCGUCCCGAUCUCCCCCGCGCCGUCGCUGGGCGUGCUCGCGGGGGACGGAGACGGGCGCGGGCGUUCGAUUCACGACGGGCGCGGCGAUUCGACGCGUCACUCGACGCUGCGUCGUCAUCCUCGAAUGGGGGAUGAUCUCUUCGGGGAGGACAACCGGGCGGCCGGGCGCUUCGCGACGUCGAUCGGCGACGACGUCGCGACGGUGACCAUGACGUUGCGGGAGCGCGACGAGAUCCACGCCAAGCUCGUGCGGCUGACGGGAGAACGAGACGCGUCGCGCGCGGAGUGCGCGUCGCUCGCGAGAAACCUGACGGAGACGACGGUGGAAUUGGAUCGCGUCCGGAGCAGGUACGCCGACGUCGCCGCCAGGCUGGACGCCGUCGCGGAGGACCUCGCGACACACCGCGCGCGCGUGGGUGCGAGGAAUGGCGGCGGGGGGGGCUUCGGACACCCGGCGCUGGCGGGGGCGACCGCGGACGCGCGCGUCGCCGCGAGCGAGCUCCGCGCCGCCGUCGAGGAUUUGAUCGCCGAAUCAUCGAUCGACGACGACGAUCGAGUCGGUCGUCGUCGCGUCGCGGGCGUCGUUCGCGAACGGACGCGCGCGCUCAUCGCGCGGGCGGAGGACGUCGCGAUCGCGGCGAUGGGUGAGCUUGCCGCCGCGGCGUCUCGCGAGGCGACGGGCGGGCGGCGUUACAAGCUGCCCAUCUACUGA